ACCAGAAAGUGGCAGUAGUGAACCCGACUGUUCCCGCCAAGAACAGAGAAGUAGACAACCCUAAGAACUUUGAUCCUGAGCUUUUCCUUCAUUUCCUCUCCGCGAACCAAAACAGAUGGAUCCCAAUGUGAAGAAGCUUCUUGCAGUUUGCCUUGUGAAUCACAGGCAGCUCUCCAUCAUUGCUACUCGAAUGGAAAAUGUUUACACUCCAUGGUAAACAAGGUUUUUCUUUCCGUUUUCCCGUGGACGUCUUCCGGCCUGGUUGGUUCAGCCUAUCACAUAGUGGCAUUCCAGCCUGAUUCUGCAUUGGCAGCAGUACAGAGAGCUACCAACACAACUGUCACCAUGGCCGCAAUGGGAGCCAUCUUCGGUAUGGCAACAUGCCUCAGUGCUCAGGCUCGCGAGGCUCCAGACGACCCAUUGAAUUACUUCAUCGGAGGCUGUGCCUCUGGGAUCUUCGUGGGAGCCAGAACCCACAGUGCUAUGACCGGUACUUCAGCGUGUCUCGGUCUGGGUACACUGGCUUUCUUCACAAAAGUUGGCAAGAUGGAGGGUUGGAAGCUAGCUGGACCUCCCAAACUAUGAAGAGGAACAUGGCUGUGAGAUGAACUAUAUGUUGUAAAAAGAGUUAAUGUAAUAAAGUUCUUGUGAAAAAACAAAAA